ACCAUACACAUUGGCAACCAAUCAUAGCAACUCAUCACUAAACAUUGAGAGAAAAUGGGAAACUUAGUUUGGCAGAGGCAGUGGCCUCAACUCCUCUGUGGAGUAGCAUUGUGCCUAAUGGCUCUCAGUGUUGCCGCUGAUUAUGAUAAGCCAUACUAUGCAGCACCACCAUCUCAUGAGCAACACCCAGAUAAUCAUGGCCCCAAUGUCCCUCCAUAUUACUACAAAUCCCCUCCUCAACCUUAUGUCUACAAAUCACCACCACCUCCAUCCCCAUCUCCACCACCACCUUAUGUCUACAAGUCUCCUCCUCCCCCUUCUCCUUCACCACCACCUCCAUAUGUGUACAAGUCCCCUCCACCACCAUCUCCCUCACCUCCUCCACCUUAUGUCUACAAGUCUCCUCCUCCACCAUCUCCAUCACCACCACCUCCAUAUGUGUAUAAGUCACCUCCUCCUCCAUCUCCUUCACCACCCCCACCAUAUGUUUAUAAGUCUCCACCACCACCAUCUCCAUCACCACCACCUCCAUAUGUUUAUAAAUCUCCUCCUCCACCAUCUCCUUCACCACCUCCUCCAUAUGUGUAUAAGUCACCACCUCCUCCAUCACCUUCACCACCUCCACCAUAUGUUUACAAGUCUCCACCACCACCAUCGCCUUCACCACCCCCUCCAUAUGUUUACAAGUCCCCACCUCCUCCUUCUCCUUCACCACCUCCACCAUAUGUUUACAAAUCACCACCUCCUCCUUCUCCUUCACCACCUCCACCAUAUGUUUACAAGUCUCCACCACCGCCAUCUCCUUCACCACCCCCUCCAUAUGUGUAUAAGUCACCACCUCCUCCUUCUCCUUCACCACCUCCACCAUAUGUUUACAAGUCACCACCUCCACCAUCCCCAUCACCACCCCCUCCAUAUGUUUACAAGUCCCCACCUCCUCCUUCUCCUUCACCACCUCCACCAUAUGUUUACAAGUCUCCACCACCACCAUCUCCUUCACCACCCCCUCCAUAUGUGUAUAAGUCACCACCUCCUCCUUCUCCUUCACCACCUCCACCAUAUGUAUACAAGUCACCACCUCCACCAUCCCCAUCACCACCCCCUCCAUAUGUUUACAAAUCCCCACCUCCUCCUUCUCCUUCACCACCUCCACCAUAUGCUUACAAGUCUCCACCACCACCAUCUCCUUCACCACCCCCUCCAUAUGUUUACAAAUCUCCACCUCCUCCAUCACCCUCCCCUCCCCCACCAUAUGUUUAUAAGUCUCCACCCCCGCCGUCACCUUCACCUCCUCCACCAUAUGUCUAUAAGUCUCCACCCCCACCCUCACCUUCACCACCCCCACCCUAUGUUUACAAGUCACCACCACCACCAUCACCUUCACAACCACCUCCAUACAUUUAUAAGUCUCCUCCUCCACCAUCUCCUUCACCCCCUCCUCCAUACAUCUACAAGUCACCACCACCACCAUCCCCUUCACCACCACCUCCAUAUGUCUACAAGUCCCCACCCCCACCAUCUCCCUCUCCACCACCUCCAUAUGUUUAUAAAUCUCCACCUCCACCAUCUCCUUCUCCUCCUCCACCAUACAUUUACAAGUCCCCACCACCUCCUUCUCCAUCCCCACCACCUCUGUAUGUCUACAAAUCUCCACCCCCACCAUCUCCCUCACCUCCUCCACCUUAUGUCUAUAAGUCACCACCUCCACCAUCCCCUUCACCACCGCCUCCAUAUAUCUACAAGUCCCCACCCCCACCAUCUCCCUCCCCACCACCUCCAUAUAUUUAUGAAUCUCCACCUCCACCGUCUCCUUCUCCUCCACCACCAUACAUUUACAAGUCCCCACCACCUCCUUCUCCAUCUCCACCACCUCCAUAUGUCUACAAAUCUCCACCCCCACCAUCUCCCUCACCACCUCCACCCUAUGUCUAUAAGUCACCACCUCCUCCUUCUCCUUCACCACCUCCACCAUAUGUAUACAAAUCUCCACCACCACCUUCUCCGUCACCUCCUCCACCUUAUGUCUAUAAAUCACCACCACUUCCUUCACCUUCUCCUCCUCCUCCUUAUAUAUACAAGUCCCCACCUCCACCAUCUCCAACCCCUCCUUAUAACCCCUACCUCUAUAAGUCACCCCCACCUCCUGUGUAUUAAGCUUGCGACUAAGGAAGUUUGAAUAUUUUCAGUAAAAUGGUGUUCAAACUUGUCACAGUUAAUAUGAUAUCAUCCUCGUCUCCCGAGUAUCAAGCUUGUGGCUAAAGCAACUUGAAUCUUUUCAGUAAAUUACAUUCAACAUUGUUAAAGUUAAUAAGAUGUUAUAAAAAAGUCAAGAUUAGUGUAAUUGUGUAUGUAUUGGUGCUAAUUCUAAAGUGUGUACUAUUGCUUCUUUUUUUUCCAAAUUCCAUGUAAUAUCAUUUUUUUGUCUAUCUUGAUAUAUGUUGGUUUUCAUUUC